CACGUGCGAAAACAACAUGGCGGAAAGCUCAAGUGAAAAGAUGGCGAGCGAAACAGCAGACGAAGAGCCGUUUAAAACUGUUCCAGUGAAAAGAAAACGAAAAAGAGGGCAAGUUGAAGAUAUGGACACUACUGAGGCAUCAAGGCGACCUAGUUUUCCGCCGGCAAAAGCCGAGAAAUUGAUGGUAUAGCAUUAGCACGUAAAAAUUUCUGUUGUUCGUGCAUGCUCGAUCAACAACGACAACUAAUGGACUUGCUUGGAUAGAUUUUCGGAUUCAUUUUGUUACUUUGCAUUAUAGGAUGGUAAAAAAGAGGCUAGAAAAAUACCGGUUCCACCACACCGAUAUACACCUCUGAAAGAAAACUGGAUGAAAAUCUUUACACCCAUCGUGGAACACUUGAAGCUACAAAUUCGUUUUAAUUUGAGUGCAAGAAAAGUCGAAAUUCGGGUAAGGUAUUCCAUAACCAAUACCAUUUAAGCUUUUAAUUGAUUUAUAAAUAGUAAAUAAUCCCUACAGUUAGUCAGUGGUCCGCACAAAUCUUAAAACAAUGAACAAACACUGCCCAAAACUGAAGUGGACUAGAAAAAAGCCUUGCCAUCACCUCACUGGCAAACCCACACAUUACGCACUUAUCAUUGGCUUUCCCCGGGGUUCAACUCCUGCAGAUUUGUUUUCACCAUCAAACAAAACUAGUAAUGAUAAUUAUGAUGGUAAUAAUAAUAAUAACAACAACAACAAAUAACAAAUGAAUAUAUAAUUAUUAUAUAUAUACAAUUAUUAUAUAUUCAUUUGUACCGUGCAAAUUCAACCAGGUUUUCAAAUGCGCCUUACAAUGAAAUAUUUAAAUUAUAUAUACCAGAUGUAGUUAAUCGAUGAAAAUCAAUAUCGGAAAUCAAUUAAUAUCAUCAAUAAUAAUAGAUUUAACCAGCCGAUUAAUAUCGAUUGAUGUCGAAAAUUGAUAGAAAUCGAAGUCACAGAAAACUACUUUAUCGAUUAUUAUUGAUUAACAAAAUCAAUAACAAUCUGUAGGAAUCGAUUGUAAGCAAUAAUCUUGAAGUGAAUAUUCUGAACAUGACGAUGCCAUUUGGCAAGCAACACCCAUGAGACCGACUUUAGCUUAACACCAGGCAUUUAGUUUUUGAUGACUUCAGUAACUACUCUAGGUGCAGUCUUCACCAGAUUUCCUUUUUUUGUUUAUUUUGUUUCCUGGUUUGUUUUAAUAGAUCUUUACAAUGUCCAUUCAAUCCAGACGUAGUUCUUUCUUAAUGCGACUCAUUGAAAUCAUAAGAACACUGAUUUUGUUCUUUACUAUGCUCUAUUUUAAUUUAUGAGGUUGCUUCAGCGACAAAGAGUUAUUUUCUGACACUUUCGCAGCGGUUAUAUUUCUUUCCUUAUUAUGAACUGUGCUUAAGCUAUUAAAAAAAUCAACACAAAGAGCAAUUUUUUCCAGUUAGUGUUUUGUUCUUUUAGUAUUUUAUCAUUAAAAGAACUGCACGGCUGAAUGACUCAAUAAUGCAGUAUGGACAACGUCGUGUUAAUGUUGAACUUCUACUGAAUAAUGACUUAAGUCUUUUCUGAUAAUAAUCAAUAGCAAUUGAUAACAAUCAUUAAAAAAAAUCAUUAUCUAUUUCCGAAAUCGAAGUCACAACUUAUUUUUAUCAAUUUCUUUCAAUUGAUAUUGGAAAUUGAGAUUCAUCAAUGAUUGAUUUUUUAACUGUACUAGGGAGCAGCAAUCUGCAAACCUUCACUCUAAAACUUGUUUGCUGUCUUACGUAUUUAGGCCUUUAUCAAUAAUUAUUGUGCUAGUAAAAGUAGAAUAUUAUGCCAGUAGCAGUGCCUGAUUUUUCUCAAAGUUAUGCUUGUUUUUGAGAAUUAUGCUAAUUUUAGCAAAAUAAUGCAGAAAUUAUGCUUAUACUUUUUACUUUAAUUUAGUAAAAACACCUCAAUAACUAUGCAACAGACAAGUGAAUCUCAUUUACUCUGUUUAGAUCUAAAAUCUUUUUACAUGACCACAUAAUUCAUUAUAAAUUACCUUGCCAUUACUGUCUUGCAAGGUAUAUGUAGUUAUAGAUGAAUGUAAAAAGGUAAACAACAAAACUGUCUAAAAACUAUAUAACUCUUGAAAACAAUUAACAACCAGCGUGCGAUCACCAUUGCCAGUAACUGGACUAGUUAUGCACAUGGAUUGAGUUCUAAAGAAAAAAUCCUGGCUCACUUCCUGUGGGACCUAGGUCCCAUGAAUGUGACAAAAAGCAGACAAAAAUCUGAUUUGUUACUUAAAAUGUCUGUAACAUUGAUCUCGGACCUAAAAAAAUUGGUUGCCUGAUCAAUAAAUGACAAUUUUUUGUUGCAAAUCUAGAUCAUUCUGAUCUCUUUGUAUGUUUUUUUUUUAAUGUGCCAGUAAAACUUUCUUAACCAGGGCCCCGACUCUUUCGAAAUUCUCAGAAAUUGUCUCAUAUCCGAUUGGAUAAUGGGGGCGGGGGUGGGGGGGGGGGGUACUCCAGAUUUCAGGUGAUGAGGAUGACUGAAGCUUUUUUGGGGGGUGGAAAUUUUUGAUUCCGAGAGUUUUUUGGGUAGUUAAAUUUGUCAAGUAUUUUUUUAGGUGGCCCCGGCCCAUAUGGCCGAAUGGCUGUGUAUCCCGGCCAGGCAGUUCUUCAAUUAAAGUAGAACCAAACUAGUUUUCCUUUCUGGAGAUUUUGAAGGCUCAGAAAUUUGGCAUGGGAUUUUGGGGGGGUUUAUUUUUGGUCCAGGGAUUUUUUGGGGUUUUGUUGGAAGCCCUAAGGAUUUUUUUGGGUUUUGAUUUUGGACCCAAUUUGGUAAUCCCUGUCGCUUGAAAUUCAGAGUACCCCCCUAGGGAACUGCCAAAGCCAGACACCUUUAUUGUAGUUGUGAACUGCUUUGCUUAGUGAAGUUUAGGUGGCCCUGGGUGAGUUGAGUUCAUGAAAACCAGCACAGCUUCUUUAAUCUCUGUUUCUGAAUUCUUUUUUUGUUUUUGUUUUUGUUUUUCAGACCUCCAAAGACACUACAGAUAUUGGUGCCAUUCAAAAAGCAGCCGAUUUUGUUCAGGCGUUUCUUCUUGGAUUUGAGGUAGAGGUAAGUAUGAUGGGUGGUUCUUUAUAUCAUGUUUUUGAUAGCUACAUGUGUCACAAUAUAUUGUUUUAGUUAAGGUGCCUUUUAUAGUCAAGACUGGGUGGCCAGACCAAACAUUUUGAAAAUGAAAUAUUAGUAUUUAGGUGAACUUGUAACUUAAACUGAUUGCUGCCGUGCACACUGUUUAAACCGAUCUGGCCAGAUAGUCCUGGUCAAUAGUGGAAUUCUCCUUACAAAUUACUGGUCUGGCCAGUCCCAGUCAGUUCUCAGGGUUGCCACUAAGGGCCGGGGGCCGGGAAUUUCCCCCGGCUACUCAGAGCAUAGCCCCCAGCUACUUUCGUCGUUAAAUUAAACCAAAAGAGCACACCUUUGAAGCACACAAAGACUAUCCAUUAAACUAAUGCAAGUUUCAUCUGCAGCAGGUUUAAGUAAUUUUGAAAUACUCGCGUGCAAAUACUAAGAAAUGUCGGAAAAAGACAUCUGACUUAGAUUUGGUACUAGUACACACGCGUGAAAUCUCUGCGUUCGCGAAAUGUCAGUAGGGAGUUUUAGCAACGACGACGGCGACGGCAACGAGAACGUCAAAAAAGCAAUCGGUUUAUUGAGCAAAACAACUAGUUUACACGUGCAUCACGCUUUUUUGUACAUUUCUUUGUCGUUACUGCACGACUACGACGUGAAAAUGCCUAGUUUCACGUUUUAUGGAGGACGUAAAACAAGCGACGACAAACUUUUCUUUCUCUCUCUAAACUUGAGUGCGCCCAAAGAAAUCAACUCCAGGGAAAUUGGCCUACAUUAGCUAUUUUCAGCGAAUUGAAAUAAACCCGACAAAGUUGGAAAAAACGCCAAUUCAUUUUAAAAGUGACGUUUUCGCUGCCAUCACCUUUGUCGAUGCUAAAAGUCCUUAGUUUCAACCGUUGUGUCGGCUUUUUGUUGAACAUGUCGAAGAAGUACCAAAGGAAUCUGCACUCUUUGUUCACGAUGAGAGACCUGAGCAGAUCUCUGUUGAUAUCACAAGUUGAGGCUUCAUCCGAGCGUUAAAUCUCCCUGAUGCUGAUGUUGAUGAUAAUGAGGAUUAUGAUGAAGGCCUUGAAGAUGAAGACUAUGACUGAUUGCCAUCUUUAAUAUAUUGACAUUUAAAUGACCAGGUCUACAUUUAGCUUUAGUUAUGGAGUAUAUAAAAUAACGCACGGUCAACGGGAAAUGUUCGAUCAUUGUCCUCAGGUCUAUCACAUCCUCUCAAUGCUACUUCCAAGAAGUUAAAUAUAAAAGGGAAGUUAAGUAUAGCAUUACUUUUGCGUUCUUCUCCUUGAGUCUCGUUUUGACAUCUCAGCGUAGUUUAUAAAGUAUUAGCCCCGUCUUUUAAACACUUUUCGGUAGGUCAGUUUCUUCGUAUGUUAAGUGACGUUUCGUACAUAAAUUCGAGACCACUAAUGUUACCAGUUGUGCAGUUUAGUUUUGCCAUAUUUUAUCCCGCGAUUUUUCGUACGUUACGCUUGUUUUAGCCUUAUCAUACUUUUAUUUUUUCAACAAACCAUAAUAACCUUAUGUUUAUGAUGCUUUUUCGUACAUUCAUCGUCCGCUUGUCUUCUUUCCGCUUCUCCGUGGGUUAAUACAUCUGUAAUAUUAGUUUUACAUUUGUUAUCCGUAAGUUGUUUCGUUCUUACGUAUAACUAAAUGAGGAUUUACUAUUGAUUUUACAGCGCAUGUUAAUUCAUUUGCACCGUAUAAGAAUCGAUUGUCCUUUCCACAUUUGUAACAUUUGUAAAGUAUCGUUGUGAUUUAACACUUCACUGGCCAGCAUGUGCCUUGUCUGCGUGAAGAUAAGACUGCGCAGAUAACGUGACCGGUGCCAACCUGUCAUUUUUUUCAGGCCCGGUGCUUACAUGUAUAUUCCCAUUUGGCGGCAACUAAAAAAACCCUCCAACAAGCCUUUACGUAAAGUAAAAAGUUAUUAUUUUAGUGUCUCAGAAUGUUGUAGUUUUCUUUAAUAAAGACGUGGUCAUCAUAAAACCGGGAAUGAUAGCUGUACUCUUGAUGAAGAUUGCCUUUUUGGGGCGGUAAUGCCUUUUGGAAAACGGUAGAAGUUGCACUUCAAAAACUUCUUGGGGGAGGGGAGGCUCCAUGACUGCUUGCGACUUCCCCGGCUACUAACAACAAAUACCCGGCAACUUGAAAUCUUAGUGACAACCCUGCAGUUCUGGCAAAUGGUGAGCACCCUUAGUUACUGGUUGAAUCUGAAAGCUGGUCAUAAUUUACUUAACUCUUCCAAUAUUGCUUACUAGUGGUUUCAUGAUGACUUCUGCCAUGCUAAUUGUGAGAGUCUCAUUUCAAGACUGAUGCUUAGCUGAUCUUCAAGACAGUGAGCUCAGGUCCUGUGGAGACUCAUUGACAGCAAGAACGCAUUCUGAAAACCACAUUCCUGUUAAAAGGGCUGUGAAGGUAAUGCUUUUAUAAGCUGUAGAGAUAAUUGAAUAUUUACCCAAUCGUUUCUUUAGGAUGCCUUGGCUCUGGUCAGACUGGAUGAUUUGUUUCUGGAAACUUUUGAAAUUGCUGAUGGUAAGAUACAUCUUUUUUAUUUUAAGAACCAAAACAGAAUUGAUUUUUACAGGGUUCAUACACGUCAUGGAAAAGCUGGAAGGACAUGAAAUUUAGGAAUUUCAUUUUCCAGGCCUGGAAAGUCAUGGAAUUUAUUAAUUGUCAGACCUGAAAAUUCAUGGAACAGGAAAAUUAAAGUUAUGUUUGGUAGAUAGUAAAGCAAGGACAGUGUAAGAUAGAAACAAGUCAUGAAACAGCGUGAAUGGCACAGAUUUUGUUGAACACCAGAAGUUUUUAAAGUGACANCUUAGUUACUGGUUGAAUCUGAAAGCUGGUCAUAAUUUACUUAACUCUUCCAAUAUUGCUUACUAGUGGUUUCAUGAUGACUUCUGCCAUGCUAAUUGUGAGAGUCUCAUUUCAAGACUGAUGCUUAGCUGAUCUUCAAGACAGUGAGCUCAGGUCCUGUGGAGACUCAUUGACAGCAAGAACGCAUUCUGAAAACCACAUUCCUGUUAAAAGGGCUGUGAAGGUAAUGCUUUUAUAAGCUGUAGAGAUAAUUGAAUAUUUACCCAAUCGUUUCUUUAGGAUGCCUUGGCUCUGGUCAGACUGGAUGAUUUGUUUCUGGAAACUUUUGAAAUUGCUGAUGGUAAGAUACAUCUUUUUUAUUUUAAGAACCAAAACAGAAUUGAUUUUUACAGGGUUCAUACACGUCAUGGAAAAGCUGGAAGGACAUGAAAUUUAGGAAUUUCAUUUUCCAGGCCUGGAAAGUCAUGGAAUUUAUUAAUUGUCAGACCUGAAAAUUCAUGGAACAGGAAAAUUAAAGUUAUGUUUGGUAGAUAGUAAAGCAAGGACAGUGUAAGAUAGAAACAAGUCAUGAAACAGCGUGAAUGGCACAGAUUUUGUUGAACACCAGAAGUUUUUAAAGUGACAGUAACUGUUAAACAUAAAGUCAUGAAAGACUUGAAAAGGCUCUUUCCCAUGCUUGCUACUCUAUUGUAAAUUCUUAUUCUUCCCCAAGUGACCAAGUAAAGCACAGCAAAAAGGAAUCUGUACAAUCUUAAGAAAAAAACCUGAUCUGCAUCAAGGGGAAACCACGAAUGUUCAACCAAUCAUUUUAAAAGUUUUAAAACUACUGUUUGUGAAUUGCAAAUAAAUUAUUAUUCUGGCAGUUUCUAAAUAUUUUAAAUUAUCCCUUUUAACAUCAUGUUUCUUUUGUAUUUUUUCGACCAAAUUUUUAUUUUUUUUCAUGAGAGCGACUGCUGCGCUCCCCUUUUAAUAUCAACUAUGUCUUCCAUAUCUCUUUUAGUGCUGGGUUUUACUUUAUUCAAAAAUACAAGGUGAUUAAAUAAGUUUUUGUUUGUUUUCAACAGUUAAGCCACUGAAAGGAGAUCACCUCUCACGAGCCAUAGGGCGUAUUGCUGGAAAGGGAGGCAAGACAAAAUUUACCAUUGAAAAUGUAUCAAAGACCAGAAUCAUUCUUGCUGACUCGUGAGUUUUAACCAUUUAAGCUUUUUCUUACCAUUUAUUUUAGCAUUUAUAAGCUUUUUAUUUCUUUUGUAAUUGCAAUACCGUAAAGCUCCGAAAGAAACGACCCUCUUUACUUUCGGAUUUAGCACCCUUCUGCUGUCGCCUUUUUCGGAGGCUCGCUACUUUCGGAUGGCUAAAAUGUGUACUCCACAUGGGCACUUCAAAAGAUAAAAAUAAUCGCAAAAAAUUUGAAAGGAAGACUUUUUGACAAAAAGUACUUUAAGAGUUAUGAAUAGGAAUGUCAAAUAAUCAUUAUUAACAAACCUCCGAUCAGUGUGGCAUUUGUUAGUUUUGAGGUCUCCACUUUCAGAGGGUCGUUAUUUUCGGGGAGAUCGCUACUUUGCUAACACUAGCCUGCGAGCAAGCUCUCCUGCUUCGCCGCUCGAUCGCGCGUUCUCGCGAGACUCGCUUCACUCGCCCAAAUAGGAGAGCUUGCUCGCAGGCUAUGUUAACACCUAUGACAUUUUAUCAAUACUUUCGGAGGUUCGCUACUUUCGAGGGUUCGAUCUUUUCAUAACUUUAUGGUAAUCUCAUGGUUUGCUUAUCUCAAUUUUACAGAAAAAUCCAUAUCUUGGGAUCCUUUCAGAACAUCAAAAUUGCCAGAACAGCAAUUUGUAGCCUCAUUUUAGGUAUGUUGAUGUGUAAAUAUUGCUUUCUAAGUAUUUGGUAUUAAUGUUUUCACCCUGGGGGAUACUCCGACAGAACGCUCCCAUUUUAUUAUACUUCAAGGAAGGACUUCAGUAAAAAGCACAAAUCGCUGCACUGGAGUACAAUAUUCUGGUUGGCCUGUGGUCAUAGUGUGAAUUGUUAUGUUUGUGUUACAGGAAGCCCACCGUCAAAAGUUUAUGGAAAUAUGAGAGCUGUGGCGAGUAGAACAGCAGAGAGAUUUUGA